AUGGCUCCCGAAGUUUUGCCUCCUCCAGGGAAACGACCCAGGAUUGUUGCUCCUAUCCCUGAUUUCAUUCCCAGUUUCACCAACAUCUCACGAUCCCCGAACCAACCUAUACCAUAUUUUCAUUAUCAGAAUCGCGGCCGUAUUCCCUCUCCAUCGCCUCACUCGUUUCAUCCAAUGCAGCAUCAACAAGGCCAGGGUUUCAUGGUAAACAACCCUAACCCAGGAGUUAACCUAAUACUUCCUCCCACGAUGGUCAAGCCUGUUACGGUUCAAGAUUUCCAGCUUCAACAUCAAAAAGAGCAGGGUUUUGCUGUUAAGAACCCUAGCGGGGGUGUUUUUUCUGCAACAACAGUCAAGCCGGUUCAAGUUCAUGGCUUGAAUCUACGUCAAGCACCGAUUUCCUGUCUGCUUAAGCCCUAUGCUACCAUGAAUGUGGUUCCUGAAAGGUCCAUGCCAAUCGAGAAUACCCCUCCAGGACCGCCACCAGUUGCUCCGGUUUCGUCUCAACUUAGCUUUCCUCAAUUGUCGAGUGCUGUACUGUCGGAGUUGCUUAACUCCGUCAGGGCACAAGGAUUAGCCAAGCCUAACGAAGAAACACCCGUAGAGGAUGCCGUUCCCCUGGAGUUUGAUGCACAUUGGCUUAAGGUGCGCCAUGAAUCGGUGAUUAGAUCCUUGUAUUCUGAUUUCCCCCGACAAUGUCAAACUUGUGGACAAAGGUUCAAGACCCAGGAAAAUCAUAGCAAACACAUGGAUUGGCAUGUCAGAAAAAACAGAGAAAUUAAGAAGAAAAAGGUUAAACCUUCUCGACAAUGGCUCUUGACUGAGAGUCAAUGGGUUGCGUGUGCUGAAGCCCUGACUGACACUGACAAUGGAGAUCCUCCUGUGUUCGUGAGGCGGAACUCAAUUGUGGGGAUGGAAAACGAUGAAGAAUUGGCUGUUCGGGCUGACGAAGAUCAGAGAGUAUGUGCAUUGUGCAUGGAGGCUUUUGAGGAUUUUUACAGUGAUGAGACUGAAGAUUGGAUGUACAAAGAAGCUGUUUACAUGAGGGCACCUUAUGGAUCAAUGUCUGCAGGCAAAGAUCGAUCUCAGCAAGGUCCUAUAGUUCAUGCUAAGUGCCUGCCACAGACAGGAAAAAUUUUAAACAACAUAGGGUAG